CUGCCUCCUGCCAAAAUAAAUCCGUCCGCUCUCCAGCUUGGUGGCACAAUCCCAUCGAAAGCUAGGGUUUCAAGCCUCUUCCGACUUCUCCUUCCCUUCCCUUCCCCACCACAACGCGGCCGCCAUAGACGCGGUACCGCGCGAACUCCCAUAGAUCUGAGCGAGCCACCCUGCGAAUCAUCCCCUGACGCACCAAAUCUGGUCAGAAACGGUGAAGAGUUCGGACACGAUCUUAAGCGUCGUUGAUUUAAGACCACACACAAACACAUCUGUUUGCCCUUCCCCCCUAUUUUUUUCCUGUUUCGGACGAUUCAUAAGAACAGACCUGCAAGGUUUGCAGAUCUACCUGUUCAAGAACCAGGGACCUUGUUUUGGACGCCCAGAACGAACCCUUGACCCUGCGGAUCUGCUCGAUCCGUUUUGGAUCUGCUUGCUUUUUUCUGGAUCUAGAGAGAAUGUUCAAGUCGAUGGUUUAUUUCGUGAACAUCUCAAUCGGGGAGGUUGAGGUGUGGCCCAAGGGCCAGGCGAGCGCAGGCCUGGCCGUGGCGGCGUGGGCGCGAGAUAUCCGCGUUGACCGCCUUUCCCCGCCCAGCGAGCGGUGCCCUCCGCUGGCCGUCAUGCACACCGUGGCCGUCGCCGCCCGAUGCCUCGUCAUGGAGUCCAGGCCGCCCGUCGCCGCCGACGUGGCGUCGCUGCCUCUCGUCGACAUGCACGCCGCUUGCCUCAGGGACAACAAGACCGCGGUUGUUGCACUUGGAGAUGAAGAAUUGCAUUUAGUUGCGAUGACAUCCAGAAGAAACUUGACAAAUCAUGCAUGUUUCUGGGGCUACAAGUUGCCAUUUGGUUUGUAUAAUUCUUGCUUGACCAUGUUAAAUCUACGGUGCCUGGGAAUCGUGUUUGACCUUGAUGAGACAUUGGUUGUCGCCAAUACAUCACGGUCUUUCGAGGACAGAAUUGAUGCACUUCAAAGAAAGCUGAGCAAUGAGACUGAUCCACAGCGUAGAAAUGGUAUGCUAUCAGAGAUCAAGAGGUACCAAGAUGAUAAAUCCAUCUUAAAGCAAUAUAUAGAAGGUGAUCAGGUCUAUGAUGACGGUAAAGUGUAUAAAGCACAACCUGAGAUUGUUCCACCAUUGUCUGAUAACCAGCAAACAAUGACACGCCCAGUUAUAAGAUUACAAGAAAAAGACAUUAUCCUGACAAGAAUAAAUCCUCUGAUUAGGGAUACCAGUGUGCUUGUACGUUUAAGGCCAGCCUGGGAGGAUCUUCGCAGCUACUUAAUUGCCAGAGGUCGCAAACGUUUUGAGGUCUAUGUGUGUACGAUGGCUGAAAGAGACUAUGCUUUAGAAAUGUGGAGAUUGCUUGAUCCAGAUUCAAGAUUAAUUAAUUCUGUUCGACUUCAUGAUAGGAUGGUGUGCGUAAAAUCUGGUUUAAAGAAGUCCUUGCUAAAUGUCUUCCAUGAUGGUUCUUGUCAUCCUGGUAUGGCAUUAGUAAUUGAUGAUCGUCUGAAAGUUUGGGAUGAGAAGGAUCAAUUACGAGUCCAUGUGGUUCCUGCAUUUACUCCAUAUUAUGCUCCACAGGCAGAGGCAAAUUGUUCUAUCCCGGUUCUUUGUGUAGCCAGAAACGUUGCAUGCAAUGUUAGGGGUGGUUUCUUCAAAGACUUCGAUGAAGGACUCUUACCAAGGAUUAGUAAUGUUCAUUAUGAAGAUGAAGUAAAUGAUAUCUCAUCUGCGCCAGAUGUUGGCAAUUAUUUGAUAACAGAGGAUGAGAAUGUCGCAUUAGUGAAUGGAAAUAGAGAUUCAUUGCCUUUUGAUGGUAUGUCAGAUGCAGAGAUUGAACGGAGAAUGAAGGAAGCCAAUGCUCAAGCAUUCCAUCAAACAGCGACUAACUUUGUCAUGCCAGUAGCCCCUGCUCAGAAUUUUGUUUCGUCUUCAGUUGCACCAUUAGCGCCACCUCUUAGCAUGAUGCCGCCUCCAUUCAGCCAGCCAGUUGUUCAGCCAGGUUUUUCAGAUCCACUGCAAGGUUCUCCAGCUAGAGAAGAGGGUGAAGUUCCUGAGUCUGAGUUGGAUCCAGACACAAGGAGAAGGCUUCUCAUAUUGCAGCAUGGUCAAGACACAAGAGAUCCUACACCUCCACACCCAGCGAUACCACCAGUGCAAGUUCCAGUUCCUCCAGUGCAACCUCAUGGGAAUUGGUUUCCCACAGAGGAUGGGAUAAACCCAAGUAACCUGAGUAGAGGUUCAGCAGGUUUCACCGUUGAAUCCGAUUCUAUGCCCUAUGAGAAAAAACAACCACCUCAUCCUUCAUUCUUUCAUGGUGGGGAUAGUCCUAUGUCGUCUGAUAGAUUUGGCUAUCAGAACCAGAGGUUUCCCUCUCAGCUACCGCACACCGAGGAUCACCACAUGCUUCAGAACCAUGCACCUCCAAAAUACAGAUCCUUUUCUGGUGAGGAGCUAGCAACUCGGCAUGUUCCCUCAAGCCAAAGAAACCAUAUAGAAUCAGGAAGACACUUUUCACAAUAUGCUGGGACCUCUGCUGGCGUAUUAGAGGGCAUUGCUGUGAAAUGCGGAUCUAAGGUGGAGUACAGGUCAACAUUAUGUGAUACCGCAGAACUACAAUUCUCUAUUGAGGUUUGGAUUGUUGGAGAAAAGUUUGGUGAAGGAAUUGGUAGGACAAGGAGAGAAGCACAGCGCCAAGCUGCAGAAAUGUCUUUAAGAAACUUGGCCAAUAAAUACUUGUCAUCUGAUCCAAAUAAGUUGACUGAUAUGAAACAAGAUGCUUUCGGUAGCAACAGAAACAUCUUUGGUUACUCUGGAAAUACUAGGGAUGAUAUGUUGCCACUUUCAAGUACUUCUGAGGAAUCUCGCUUUAUGAAAAUGGAGGAGAACAAUUCCAGGAAAACAGGAGAUUCUGUCACUGCUCUCAAGGAACUUUGCACAGUUGAGGGAUAUAACUUAGUUUUUCAAGCCUGUCCAUCUCCAGCAGAUGGUUUAGUUGGGAAAGAAUCUUAUGCUCAGGUACAAAUUGGUAGGCAAAUUCUAGGCAAAGGAGUUGGGUUAACAUGGGAAGAGGCCAAGCUCCAGGCUGCUGAUGAGGCUCUUGGAACUUUAAGAUCCAUGCUAGGUCAACUUGGUCAUAGACGAUCUGGCUCUCCAAGGUCAUUGGCACCGAAUUUUAACAAGCGGUUCAAGCCAGAUUUUCCAAGGACCGUGCAAAGAGUUCCUUAUGGAACAUAUUCUAGAAUCGAAGGCCAUGCUCCUUAGAUGCCUGCAUGAAUGAUGUGCCUGGGCACUACAUUUUGAAAGUGGACGAAGCUUUGAACUGUGAGGUCUCCACAAAUUGAAUACAAGCCCUGGAUUCUUGGCUUCUUGUGGGCUUCCAAGGCUCUCACAGGCCACCACUGGCCAUGAGAGUACCGACGAAUAUAUUUAUGGAAGGGCCAAGAAACUGUGAAGUAUGAAUGGUGGCCAUGACUUCAUACAGAAUUUCACUGCCGUUGACCAGUCGCCAGUGUUACCCCAUGCUGUCAACUUGGCAUAAUUGUUGACCUGGAAGUUUUAUGGUUGAACCAGGGAUUGAUGCAGGCUUGCGGCUCCAUUUCAUUUCUGGGUGUAUGCCAGGAAUCCAUGGAUCAAAGGGCAGCGCUGUAGUUGGACACUUUUUUUUCCCGUGCUCUGGUUCAGUUGAAAGUUGGACCCCAGUAGGUUGGAGCCUUAGCAUGUAGCCAGUUUUAUUAGUGCUAAGUUUUUAGGCAAGUUAUAAGUUAUAGCACAGAAUUGAGUACUUGACAGUGUUACCGUUACAUUGUUUAUGUAGUCAUCUUCAUUAGCAGCCUAGGCAGGCAACAUGAAUCCAGUAGCUGACAGCAUUCAUUUACUAUAUAUAUAAUUAUAGUAUGUUGUAGUCAUCUUGUAAUAGAAUAUGCCCCCGUUUCUUGGG